UGCUGACGGGAGCUAGCCUGUCCAACUCAUCUCGGAGGACGCCUUACCCGAGGACGGGUUUUGGGCGAGCAACGUCCUGCCGUGGCAUUCCGCAGGGCCGUCAUCUGUCAUGAAGGGUGAGAUGAGAUGGCCGUUGCCCACUGCUGUAGAUAUUCUGUCUCGCUAACUCCUCCAUUCACACUCAGCCCCAGUCAUUAUUUUGGCCAGACCGGCGCAGGCCAUAUGGCUUGGGUGAUAGUCGACGAUGGGUGCCUUGGGUUGAAGGGAUCCAAAAUAGACUGCGCGCACAUCUUCACCAACUAACACGAUACUCAUCCCACCCCGAUGAAUGCGGACCUGGAGCAUAUAACAGUCCUUCGAAAACCCUGUUUUGGCGAUUCAUCCUUUCUUGCAUCCUACGCCACAUCAAAAGACACACUGGAAUUAUUAUUCCGCAUUUUUCCUAUAGCAUCUCGUCUCAUCUCGCCUCCUUCCGAUCCACUGGCCUCUCAGCAGUCCCUCUCAGUGACCAUCAUACAUCAGACACAAUGCACUUCACCACUACCGCCGCCGCUACCAUCUUGGCCUUUGCCUCGUCGGCUCUUUCUGCCCCCUACAACAGCCCUCGCACCGAGCAGACUCACGCUCCUGCCCUGUCUCUGACCCAGCAGCUCUUCCUCGCCGACACUGCCGCGGAUCGCUUCAAGCUCCUCCCUGACGACAAGCAAUUCGUCUUCGACUUCAACCAGCCUCAGAAGAACCCCGGAAAAGGCGGCGAGCUCAUCGCCGCAAACCGCAAGACCUUCCCCGCUCUCGUGGGGACGGGCAGCGGACUUGCUUUGGGCCGGGUGGGCCCCUGCGGGAUGAACACGCUCCAUGUGCACCCGCGAUCCGCCGAGCUUCAGAUCGUUGUCGAGGGCCGCCUCAUCACCGAGAUGACGCCUGAGAACGGCGUCGUGGAGGUCGCCGACGGCAAGACCCGCCGCGUCAUCCGCACCGAGCUGGGCCCCUUCCAGAUGACCCCCUUCUACCAGGGCUCCAUCCACAGCCAGUUCAAUCCGGACUGCGAGGACGCCGUCUUCAUCGCGAGCUUCGCCGCCGAGGACUUUGGCACAGGCCAGGUCGCAGACAGCACCUUCGCCUUCAGCGAUGACCUAAUCGCCGCCGCCUUCGGCCAGAGCAUUGCCGGCGAGGACAUUGACCGCGUCCGCAAGGCCAUCCCCGCCAGCAUCGCCCUCGGCGUGGACGAGUGCUUGAAGAAGUGUAACAUCAAGAAGCGCUCUCUUUGAGGGAGGUGCCGGACGGGCCGGCAGUGCAUGCAGCGCUGAGUUGGCUGAUGAGUUAAAUGGUCUAGGGGGCAUGGAAUUGGGCUCUGGGUUGCAUUGCACCGGCGUUUGUUCUUCGGCAGGCGGGCGUUUUGGUUGGGUUGAUCCAUGUCGGUAUGAGCACAGGCAUAGGCUUGUAUGACGGGUUUUUUCGUUCUU